CAGAGAAACACUCCCAACUGUGGUACCACAAUCCUGUCGGGUUCUCUCGGCCUAUAAUUAGUUACAGCGUACGACUUCUGUUUCCUUCGUCUGGCGACACUCAGCUGGUGACGCUCUCGAAAAUCUGUUGACCCAGGGGCUUCGGUACGUGUCUGUCGAGGUGUAAAUUAAUUGUAAGUUUCUGGGUACGUACUGUGUACACCUGACUGGCAUCAAUAUAUAUUUGUGUUUAUUCCCCCUUCAUAGCCUGUUCGAGAAGCAUGCCGGCCCCGGCUCUGGACAGGAUGACGACUGCAGUGUCCUGUCCUUAGCCGUCUACUUAUAGACCAUGGAUGCAAUCCUGCAACUAAUAACUUGGAUCUCAUCGCCACUGCGACAAUCGCCACUCUUCCGCACGGACGGUAUCACUGACAGACGAAGGAGCUCGAGAUUGGAGAGGCUGCCAGUCGAAGUACUGCUGCACAUCAUCUUCUUCUUACCGGCGAGUUCAAUCGCUUGUCUGAGCUUGACUUCGAGAUGGCACCAUGAAGCUCUCAAGAACCGGGCUGAUCCCAAGAUGCGACACGAUCAUUUAGAAAAAGCACGCUUUAUUCGACUGAUAGAGGACGACUUGCCGGACAUGAUGGCAUGCUGUAUCUGCAAUAUUCUGUACCAUUGGCAGAAAUGGCGGCGAUACAUGUGUCCCAACUGGACCAAACACGCACCAUUGCGCCGUGGCGCUCUGUGGUGCUUCCCACAUGGACCUUGCCUCAUCUAUCGAAAUAUGGUGGAAGUCUUCCUCUGAGGAUUUGCGAAAGGUCCUCAACACAGCCCCAGCUACAGUUACUAAUCACCGAACCAAGUCCGCGGAUGAUUAUGCGGGCCUAUCCUUUAGUUAUGUUGUUGACAAAAUCCUUGAAGCUCGCGUGGUCGAGAAGAGACUUAUGCCUCACGGCGUCUACAAUAUGGCAGAAACCUGCUCGCUGGCUCAACAACCUGGUGGUACGCCGGCUCAAGAAGUCGAUCAGAGCACUCACCGCCCCGGUCAUAUUGCCGUCCCGAAGAGACUUCUGCUUGCGAUUCAUCGCUUCAGGACCAUUGGCUGUGCACAUACUCGGGAUACGCUCCCUGCGACUAUUUUGGACGCGGUUCAGCUUCAGCUGGGCUGCUGCUCCGGCCAUCAUCCCACAAAAAGUCGGGAUCUGUUGAACUGCGGCCACUGUGCCACUGACCUACGUGUCCGGGUGGGACUAGAUGGCAACAGUACGUGUGUACAAAUCGAAGUCGAGCUGUGGCAGUCUUUCGGAGGUCGAGACUCUGGCGAUAGAGACGAGACUGAAGUACCAACAUUUCAGCUACCAAAGCACGGGGGCUGAGCCCUUCGAUAUCAAGCGCCCUCCUGGACGCGACCUGGAAGAAACGUUCACACGAGGACUUGAAGGUAACACCGACUUCUUUCCGUCUCCAGACCAGCACCCCAGGCGUCAAACUUGGAUUCAGUGGUGGAGAUGGCACUAUGACACGAGACCAGGUGAAUUGAGGAUGUACUGUAUUCCAGGUCAUGGUGCAGUAUGACGAGCCGAACUCGAGAGCAGAUACAGUAUUCAUACUGUGCGUCGCAGUGAAGAGGGCCAACGAGCAGAGCAUUCGAUUGGAGCCUUGGUAAAUUGCAGUGUCGCAGUAUCUAAGAUCUCAUGGCAAGGGCGGGCCAGCAUAAGUACCUGGACUAACCACAGCGCCUUCAACACCACUUCCGACCCCUGAAACGCUGUCUUUCUGUCUCUGACAUUUCCUUUGUGAGUCCGGCUGCUGCCAAAGCUUACUCGUAGUGAUAUGAGGCCGCGUAGGAAAGGGCGAAUUCGUGAAGGCCAACCUUUGGCUUGUACCACGGGCGACGGCGUGAUAAUACUACAGUAAAUCAGAUAGCUCGAUGCUCAAGCAAUGAGGCAUGGCAGUCACCGGGAUUGAGUUCGUCUUGGUUUCACUCGAAGAGCUACUCGUCACCAACACUGCGUAGAAGUGCGAACUCUGCGCUGGUGUCCCACCCACCCGUCCUUGCCCUGUAAGCUAGUCAGUCAACGGUCUAAACGUGCCGUGCAAAGUGACGGCAAGCGACUGCUCUGUGCUCAAGCGGAGCCCAACCUGCGGGAUAGUAGUUUGCGAGUGCAUGGCUAGGCGGUGGACCCAGCCAGGCAAGAACCCUGACUGGGUCCUUGACCGCCACAGAUACUCUGUCCAUGGGAAAAGGAAAUCAAACGAGGUGCCAAAGUGUGAAUCAAGUAGGACUUGGGCAGAGAGGGUUUGGAGCGCAGGCGGCCGGCGGAUUUGACGAGAUUCAAAAUCCAAGUUAAACGGGAGGAUCCUGCAGCUUCUCUAAGGUAGCGACAAUGGGUACUAGCCCACUCUUUCCACGUCAGUCUUGGGGAAGGAACACUGGCAUGGCUCAGGCUGCCAGUGAUGUGCAUUCGAAAGAGAAAAAAUGAUACAGUCCGGAAUCGAAUGCAUCCAUUAGAAAUCAUUAUGGCUCCUUUUUUCUCUUCACAUUCCACCCAUACCCAAAUCGCCCUCGGCGUCAACAAUUGCCAGUCGCUGUUUGGCCGUUUUAGCCUUCUUGCUAAUGCCUUUGCCUCCGCGAGGCCCUCGUUUUGGCCCCGGGGUCUCGACAGUGCUGACGGGUGUGGCGGCCCCGGAUGGUUUGGCAGAAGCGUCUUCAAAAUGUCCCUCGCCUAUGAAAAGAAACAUGUCAGUGACCCAUAUGCAGGAAAUGAGGACAGUUAGUUAGUGCUUACCUUCGUGGUACAUGUCGUCCAAGCUCAUCUCUCCCUUCUUCUUUCGUGCGGCGGCGGCGAGAGCUUUCUUGCUCUUCUUCUUCGUCUCCUCUUCAGGCUUAUCCGCAAUCUCCUUUUCCUUUUGUUCGAUGAGAGCCGCUUGGUCAUCGUCAGCGAGCCACAUGGCGAUAUCUUUGGUUCUGUUCUCCCGCCGGUCGCGAGUGUUGAAG